UGCGCGAGGUGGUGCGUGCGAGUCAGUGUGUUGUGAACCUCGAGUGGGAAAAGGUCACGACAGUCGCGCUCUCCUCCGGUAUUGUGAACUGGUGUUUGUUUACUUUGUCAACUCGUGUUUCGUCGCUUCUAUGAUCUCCACGCCACUCGUUUUCCUCCUUCUCUUAGUCUCCUCGCCGCACCGCACAGGUGGCGAGGUGGCCGAGGAGUGCUCCGAAGCCGAGCUAGCCUUCUCUUGCCCCGAAGAUGAGGAACUGGCUAUCCGGGAAGCCUGGCUCUACGGCUCCACGGCCCGAAUCAUGGUGGACCAGGGCCAGGGAGACAAGUGCUACGUGCCCGAGUACAUGGUGUCUUACAAGCAGGGGACCAUCUUACAGUACAUCAACAAGCAAUGUGGAGGACAGCAAGAGUGCCACUUCAACGUUACAGCGCACGUCCCCAACGCUAUCGAGAAGAAGGACUUGUGGGAGGACGGAGUCAUGAGAGUCACCUACGACUGUCUCAAGAAAACAGACAUUGACAGGGUGUGCGGCAGUGACGUAAAUGCGCAGUCAGGAUGGUUGCAGAAUGUUGGUUAUCCUCAGUAUUACCUGGGAGGUAAUGGUCCCUGCACAAUAACCAUAAAGGUGGAUGAGGGCCAGCAAAUUCAACUCACACUGACGGAUCUUAGCAUAAGGGAUAUAGUCCAGCCAAAUGAGGAAGAAUGUCGAGAUAGUAUCUCAGUGACUGAGGGCAGGAAGGAACUGUUAAAAAUGUGUGGUGAGAUUAAGCAGCCAAUUACAGUAACUUCUGAGGGACCAGUUCUGAGCCUGAAUUUCAAUGCUGUCACUGAUGUAUUCCCAAAGCGAGGUUUUGCCGCUUACUUUGAAGCUUUGGGCUGCGAAUCACCACCUACUCCUCAGGAUGGUUACCGGUCAUUUCGCAAUGCAACUCAUGCUGAAUACUGGUGUUGCGUCCAUCAUGUAUUCCCAGAUACUCUAGAGCGACGCCGGAUAUUAAAAUGUAACCGCGGAAGCUCCUGGAAUGAUACAGUUCCUGACUGCAUUGAGCUUGAAGAAUUGCUGGAAGUUGGUAAUAUCACAGAAAAAGAGUUCACUGGACUUAUUAAUGGAUCUACAAAUGGUGCACAUGCAGAAAUGUAUCAAGAAGCCCACAUAGUAUAUGAUCUAGUGGUUCCAACAGUGAUUAUGUCUAUUUUGGUCAUAGGCAAUGUGGCCGUGGUCGUGCUUAUCAUUUACUGCCGCAGGGAUGUCAUGGAUGAGAGUUCUCGAAGUGAGGAGCUGGAAUCUAUCAAAGCAAAUCCUGAACCAACUGACACUUUAGAUUCAACACCGUGUAGUGUGUAGAUUUCUGCUGUGCUAAAUAUAUACCAUAUUUAAGGAAGAAUAUUGCUACUGGAGAAAUAAUAACAAUCAUUGUAAAAGAAAAAAUAUCUGUACAAUCUCAGAAUGUAUAAAUGGUGUUAUUUUUGGCCUACAAACAGACAAAAGGAAGAGACCAGUAAUAUACCAUUAUAAGUCCUAGUCAUUAAUACCUAUCUGUAAUGUCAAGCACUAAUGUAUAUGUUAUUUAUUUAACAUAUCUAGUCAUUAGUUGUGCCAAAUAGUUUUGGUAUUAAAAAAAAACAUUGUCCCCUAAAGAUCUUGUUGUUUUCCUUUUUUUUUUUUUUUUUUUUUUUAAUAAAUACAACUGAAACUAGGCUGCAUUUAGUGGACACUAAAUUAAAAAUGUAAUUAAAGAAUCUCUUAUAAGAUUACAUAUGAUAAGGAGCUGAAUGACCCACACUUCAACUUAUUUUUUAAGCAAAAAAAUUAUAUUCUUUUUAUGUAAAUCAAAUGGUUGAGUUCUUUACAAAAGAAGGCUUUACAAGUAUCAGUAAAAACUGAAUUAAAGUCCUUGCACUUAAAAUAUACAAGAGUCCAUCAAUAAAAUGUCAUAAAAAUCUUUCAAUUCCUGGGUGUAAUUUAUAUGUUCAUGUAUCUGUAAAAAUAAAAUGACUCUUAGCUAAUGAACCCUGUGGCAUAUAUAAAAAAAAUUGUCUAUCAGAACUACAAAAUCUGUUGAAUAUUCAUUUGACUUUAUAAGUGAACCUUUACAAUAAAGGAUGUAUUGUGUACAAUAUUAAUUAUACCCAUUACAGAAAUGUAAAGGGGAAAACAGUACUUAAUUUUAUUUUUUCCUCAGCUUAGAAAUGGAUAGAUAUAUGUAAAAGUUUCAAAUUCCUCAAUAUUUAUAAACAUUUAGUCUUCUAGUGCAAGAUUCCCUUAGAAUACUGACAAGUUUUAUAUCAAAGAUAUACUUUUGUAAUGAAAAGGCAAGUCACAGGAGAAAAAGAAAUGUACUAUAGUAACUCCUCUCAAAGUAAGACGUAGCAAUUGCCAACCUUAAAAGUUGCAUCAGCAGUUGCUGCCAUAUAAAGUAAGUAUAGUCAUGGUGCUGCUUCUUGUAAAGGGGUUUACUAAUGAUGAUGCAUUAUCUCUAUAGUAAUCACAAUGCCUUUUUAUCAUUUGACCAAGAGUUUGAUGCAUUGCUAUCAUUAGUAACCUUAAGCAGUCAGCACCAUGGUAAAAGCUUUUACACUCAAGGUUCUCCCUCCAAUGUCUUGCUGUAAGAGGGUUAAUAUUGCAUUUCUGCAUGAAAGUCAUAUUUGCCUAAUGCGUCAUAAAUGCACUUUAAAUAAAUGCAUUCUCUCAUAUCAGAUCUGAAAGGUAACAUUUGAUAUCAAAAUAAGAAAUAAUCCGUACAUAUACAACACUAAACUAGUUGCAAGUGGCUCCCAAUUCAUAUUACAUACGCCUUUCAAUGGUUGACAUUAGUAGUCUCUAUGAAAGAUUACAAAAACAAAGGAUUCCAGAAAUUUUUGAAUAAUGUUUCACACCUUUUUACUCCUUUGUUAACUUUAAAAUAAAGUAAUACAUAUUGCAUAUAGUAAAUCAAAACCUUGGGAACCACUGCACUAGAUUCUCACAAGAUUUUUUUUCUUUACAUAUGAGCAUGAAACACCAUUUCUUCCUUUUCUGUAAUGAAGAAUUUUGAUUUGUAUUACCAAAAUUCUAGAAUGAUUUCCACUCUAUCCUUGCCCAAUACAAAUUUUGGUCAUGAUAUUCUUUUAAAAAUUUGCUUCAUCAGUUCAUAUUUAUUUAUACUUUGCUUGUUUUUUAUUGUUGGGUGAAUCUCAACUAUGAAAUACAUGACAUAUUAUCUUCAGUAUAAUCACAGCGUCAAAAUGCCUUAAAAAUCAGGACACUUUUUGGCUUGCAUAGAUAUCACAUUAGAGAAAUUUCUUUUAGCACCAAUGUAUUAGAAAAUGCUACAGUAUUGCUUCAUCUUUUGUUAUUAAAGUUUUCUCUAAUAUGCAGGGUAUGACAUCCACACAAGCUGAUCUAUCACCAUUAUUCUUUUGGGAUUUCGCUUUACAUUUUGUAAAUUUAGUUCUUUUUCUCAAGAAUCUCAAUUCUGUAAUUACUUUCAUCUGUUGUCAUUUUGAGUAUUGUUCUCUCCAGUAUGAUAACUAAAGUGUAAGAGACCUUUCACAGUGAACAGGCUACUGUUUUGUAAAUGCUGCUAUAUUUUCUCAUUAGUUUCUCCUCAGUGAAUAAAAAUUGUCAGCUUAGUAACAUAAGGUCAAAUGAAAAUCACCGGUUGAAAUGUCAUUCCAUAUAUUUUAAGUGUAUAUUAUGUACAUAUUUUAUAAAAAGAGGUCAGACUUG